AUUAGCUGUGUCGAGAAAUGUAUUAUAAGCUAACUUCUAAUACUAUCUAUGCUCUUCAAUCUGCAUAUACAAUAGCCACUUUCGACUAUAAUCGGUGGUUAGUUGAGGAUUAGAGGAAAUGGGAAAAUAAGCACAGACCAAGCAUAUCAUAGUAUAUCUUAAGUUCUUACCAUAAAGGCAUAUUACAUUAUAUCUGCAUUCUGCAUAUACAAAAUCUUUACUGAAUGCUUCACUCGUAAAAGCCUAGAUGACAAUAGUUUUAUGAUGAUAGAAAAUGGGGAUCAUAACGGUAUACUCUUUUCCUGCAGCUGAUUCUCUUAAUAGUAAGGAGGCUUUAAAAUGGUUAUAUAAAGCUUCGUUUGGUGGUAAUGCUCGUGCUCAAUACCAACUCGCGCUUUGCCUGCAUCGAGGUCAAGGGAUUAAUAGUAAUAUGAAAGAGGCAGCUAAGUGGUAUCUGAAAGCUGCUGAAGGUGGUUUUGUACGUGCCAUGUACAACAUCGCCUUAUGCUACUCCUUUGGGGAAGGUCUGAAUCGUAGUCUUAAAUUAGAGAAAUGGAUGAAGCAGGCUGCGGACCAUGGUCACAGUAAAGCUCAAUUUGAGCAUGGGCUUGCUCUCUUUUCUGAGGGAGAGACGAUGAAAGCUGUGGUGUACUUAGAAUUGGCCACUCGAAGGGGGGAAAGGGCUGCUGCUCAUGUCAAGAAUGUAAUUUUUCAACAGCUUUCUGCAGCCUCUCGUGACCAUGUCAUGCAUCUCGCUGACAGAUGGCGUGCUUUGCCAUCAAUUUGACCGUUGAUUCAUGUCUUGAAUCGCUUGUGAUCAGGAAAUUGCAUAUUUUGAGUGCUUAUGCUGAAUCUCGUGAAAGGCCAAGUCAGCGAAAAGACAGUGGUAACAUGACCAAGGAAAGCAGGAGCUCGCUGGGAAAUUUCCUAUUGCAUAUCCUACGAAUCUGAUUGGCUGUCUUGUCGUAGGAAACGGUAAACUUGCUAUAGUCAGUAUACUCUUUUGCCAAUUGCGAAAAAGGGCUGCUACUUUUCUCUGUAGGCACUAACAUAUUAAUCAAACAGACAAGACCAAAGACCAAGACAUAAUGUAACAGGACUUUCUUGUCCUCCUCUUUGGUUCUUAAAAAAAGAAAAAAAAUUGUUUUAUUGUUUGGAGAUAGAGUAAAUAUCAACAGCAAGGUGACAACACUUUCUUUGAAUGAGUCGAUAUGAUUUGAUUUUUGCACA